AUGAGAAGGCAAGAUGGAAAGUCUGGGAUCUGUAGGGAAGUUUUGGAAACUGAAUCGCGACAGGAGUUGCAAGGGGAUUCUCGAAUAUUAAAGCAGAUCCGACAAGGAAUAAAGGGGAAAUCAUCAAAAUCUGAAGAGAUGGAAACCGAAGAUUUUGAGAAGAAGCAGGAGUUUCUGGAUGAUGAUGCGGAUCGGUACAAUGAUAGAGCUCGAAGUUACAAGGGAGUGGUGUUGAAUGGCAAUGGUGGUCAACAAGAGAGGGGACGGGAGAAGCGGGAGUAUCAAGGAAAGGCGGUCACUGUGGGGAAGAGGAAGGUUCUCGUUACCGGAGCUCCAGAAGGGAUAACUAUUGUGCUCACCAUCAAGAGGAGAGAGCAAGAACUUCUGGGGAUUCCAGAGGAGGGGCACACAGCUUAUCCAGUGCUUCCUUCUCCAGCUUUCCUAGCUGAUUUGCAGAAAACACAGGAAGAGAUUCCUAAGGUGAAAUUAGGUAUUAUGAGUAAGGAUAUGGAUGGAGAUUCGGCAUUAAUGCUACCUGAGGCCCAUCAAUAUGUAGCUGAUGGUUCUGGGUUGGAGAUGGAAUUGACUGAAGAUUGCAUUGUAUCGGAUGGAGAAGUGGAAAUGGAUAUUAAGAUGCAAGAGUCUGGUGAGGCUGAUGAUCUUGGAAUGGAAAAUUCUCAGGCAUAG